AUGCCUGAUUUUCCUCCCCUCAAAAACGAUCUUCUCCUUCGGGCUGCUCGAGGCGAGGAGACGGAGCGCGCUCCUGUAUGGGUCAUGCGGCAAGCAGGACGAUAUCUUCCCGAGUUUCGCGAGGUCCGCGCCCACCACGGCUUCUUCGAACUCUGCCGCACACCCGCGCUCGCGACCGAAAUCACGCUCCAGCCCGUGCGCCGCUACGCGGGCCUGCUCGAUGCGGCGAUCAUCUUCUCCGACAUCCUCGUCGUUCCACAGGCGCUCGGCAUGGAGGUGCAGAUGAAUCCCGCGCCGUUCUUCCCCGAGCCGCUUGACACGCCCGCGGACGUCAGCAAGCUGCGCGCGCACGUCGACGUCGACAAGGAGCUCGGCUAUGUCUUCCAGGCGCUCACUCAGACGCGUGUCGCGCUUGCGGGCCAGGUGCCCCUCAUUGGCUUCUGCGGCGCGCCGUGGACUCUCUUCUCGUACAUGGUCGAGGGCGGCGGGAGCAAGACAUACCAAAAGGCGAAGGGCUGGCUCUUCCGCUGGCCGGAAGAGAGCAAGGCGCUCCUCAUGCGCAUUGCAGAUGUCUGUGUCGAAUUUCUCGUCGGGCAGGUCAAGGCCGGCGCACAGCUGUUGCAGGUGUUCGACUCGUGGGCGGGAGAGCUCGCGCCGCAUCACUUCCAGGAGUUUGCGCUGCCGUCGCUAAAGCACAUUGCGACGGGUGUGCGCAACAAGCUCAAGGCGGAGGGCAUCCCGCCGGUACCAAUGACGAUUUUCCCGAAGGGCGCGAACAGCGAGCUCGCGGCAAUCGCGCAGCAUGCAGGGUACGAUACAGUCGGUAUCGACUGGUGUGUCGAGCCCUCGGAGGCGCGGCAGCUCGUCGGAGAUGUAGUCGCGCUACAAGGUAAUAUGGACCCAAACGUGCUGUACGGUGGGCGCGAGGCGAUCGAGCGCGAGGUGCGGCGUAUGUGUGCGAGCUUCCGCGGUGGGAGGGCGCCGAAGGGCUGGAUUGCGAACCUGGGGCAUGGCAUCACACCAGGUGUCGACCCAGAGGACAUGCGCUGGUUUUUAGAGUGCGUGCACAAGUAUUCGGCCGCGUCUUACCAGGCGUGA